GGGUUUUCCACCAAUGCAUUCUGGGACGAAGAAGGUGUCGUUGUAGUCUUCUAAGAAGUCCUUUGGACGUGAGAUGAAUUUUUUGACCCACAUUUUCUCUAUUAGCUUUUCGGGAAUCAUCCAGUGGUAACAACACUGUAAACAAACCAAAGCGGUGAGUUAUUUGGCAUUAAAAUAAAGACACUCGAACGUUUUCAAAGCUGGUGUUAGUUUCGCCAAAACGUUGCGUCUGUUUGUUGAACGUUAGACCGAGUCCAUAAUGGGGAUCCCGAGUUCAUUUUAUCAGUAGUUCUGAUCGUAUCAAGGGUUUUGUUUGUGAUUUUUCUCUUGAAGUACAUCAUACAAGAUACUCAAAGACGCAUAUUUAACACAGACUCAUGUCCUUGUUGAUCUGCAGGGUUCGUGUGUGUUUACCGAGGAGAAAUGGGAGCUGAUAAACGGUGAGUAACAUCAGCGCCAUUUAUAAUUGUAGCCGACAGUGUUUGUUUAGUUGUCGUUCACUUUCUGAGUCAGUCCUCAGAGGGACAAACUGUAAAUUAAUUUAAUGGUUUUCAAUAUAAUAUUUACAUGUUAUUUUACCAUGAUUAUUCCCGUUGGGAUACAAAAUCUCAUUUCCAAGGGAGUCCUGACCACAAUACUGCAAAUCCUAUACCUAAAAAUGAAAUAAAUAACAAUAAAAAACUUAAGAGGCAAUCUAAACCCUCUGGAGUCUGGGGUAUAAUUGGCCGUUUUUUAACUACUUUUGAUCUUACCUUCAUAUUUCCCCUUAAAAACAGUUUACCUUGCCUUGCUUGGUAUCAGAUUUUUCACCUGUGUGAAUCUACAGUUAUUUCAUCAUUUUGACACACUGCUUUAACACAGAGGACCUAAAUUCACACACAAAACACCAAAUCCGAGUGGAAAAAGGUAAUAUUUUUUUACUGUAAAAAUUACAAAUGUGUUUAACAAACCAUCUGCAUAACUUAGACUGCAAAUAUAAAUUGUAAACCUCAAAACAAUUAUAGACAAUUUUAACAAAUAACACAGUGAUUUACCACUAUUUACAUAUAAAUGUAGGCAAUGCAUCAGGCGUUUUUUGUACAAUUAUUCACAAAUCAAUGUAUAGUCUCACAAAUGUCACAUUUUAUUUGUGCCACUACAAAAAAACAGUAAUGUAAAAAAACCUAUGUAGACCCUCCUUCUCCACGUCAGUCCACUUGUAAUUUUUCCAUAAUUCUUUGUUGUUUUUUUUUGCUGCACUUAUGUUUGUGUUACUGUAGAUUAUUCUGACAAAAAAAAGGUCUUUUGGACUGUGGGGGAAAGUGUCUCAACCUGGAUUAAUCAUAACUCUGGUUUUGUUUGGUUUAUCAACACAAUUUAAAAACUGGUAUAUUGUUUGAGGUCCUCACUUUCAGGACAAGUUGAAAUGGAGACUCAGCAAGGCUUCGUCUUGCAGCUACAGCCUCAUAUGUCACAUGGUCAAUCGACUCCAGAGGGUUAAGGGUUUAACUGAGUUCAAGUAUCCAAAAUAGUCUGAUAAAAAAACAAAAGUCUUAUUCAGUUACUUUAAUUUGGAUUGUAGCAUUUCAUAUCUGGUUGGAUGUGAUAAGUUGACAUCAAAAUAUUUUUUAUUUAUUUUUAACAAAACACACCUUUUGUUUGUUUUGCAGCAUAGAAAAUUGGCCUCCAUCCACCCCCAUUCACUAACUGCUUAAUUAGAUUUAGAAUCUAUAAUUAAAACUAACAAACAAAUCCUCUUGAAAUAACUUAGUUCAUGUACACCACAGCCAUGCCGGUGAUCAUAUGGACACAUUGAUGCAGACCACACUCACAUGUUCUGGUCUUGCCCAAAAUUAAGAGUACUGGGAGGAAAUGUGGAAAAGUCUGCAAAAAAUAUUAGGAUAUCAGAUACCCAAAACAUUUAAAUUAUUGUGUUUUGGAAACCUAUCAAAUGAUAUAAUCCGAAGAAAAGAUGAGUACCUGGUUAAAAGUAAAAAGAUAAUCACCAGAUUGUGGUAUAAAGCAGAACCACCAGCUGGGGUGCAGUGGGUGCUCACUGUUGAAGAGAUAUGUGUAAUGGAGAAACUCACAUAUAAAUUAAGAUUACAGGAAACACAAUUUACAGAAAAGUGGGGAAAAUGGACUGAUUUUAGGAGGACAGAAGAAGACACCACCACUAUCACUGGAUAAUAAAGACAUGGAUAUAAGGAGGAUUAAUGAAUGUGAUGAAUUGUUGUGCCCUGUCACUGUAAAUGUUCAGACUUAAAAACAAAAAAUAACUUAGUUCAGCAGAUAUCCCUGUGUACAACAUAGGCGUAGUAUUUCAAUCAUGUCAGUAAGAUCAUGUAUUUACUGAGCAGUUGUCUAAUUCUACCUGUCCUUGUCUCUCUGAUUAGGAUCAGUCGAACAGAACGUAGUGGGAGGUAUGGUUCUGAGCAGCCUCGCGAUGAAUCAGAAUGGCGUGAGAGACGAGAGAGGGACCAGGAGCGGGAUCACAAUAUGCGCCGCUGGGGUGAAGACAGGCGUACUGAUCGCUUUGAAGGAGAUCGACGAGGAUCAAGAGACAGUCCGGAGGUAAGUUAUUAUCUUAUUUUUAGUUCUCUUCAAAAUAAAAGUUAAUUUUUAUUUUUGGUGACAUCUACCUCUGACUGACAUGUUGAUCUUUUAUUUUGAAAGCAAAGAGAAAGAAAACGUCGUAACAGUGAUAGAUCUGAAGAUGGGUAUCACUCUGAUGGUGACUAUCCAGAGCAGGACUACAGAAGAGAACCUGGAGAAGAGAAGAAAAGCAAGACCAUCAUGCUCUGGGGUCUUUCGCCUCAUGUCACCGAGGAUGAUGUGAGUUUUCCUUUUAGCUUCGAAUUAAAUGCCUUCAAAAGAUGUUUGUUUUUGCAUCAUAACCCUGUUUGCUUUUUGUUUUAGAUUUGCUUUGCCAUUGACCAACUUGAGGGGCCGCAGCCCGUGGAUGUCAGGCUGAUGAAAAAGAAAACAGGUGAGAACCUGAUACAUGACGGAUCCCAGCCUCCCCCAGUCUUUGACCAUAGGGCCAAUCUGCUUCCAUUCAGACCCAUUUUCCCAUAGCAGCUAGAGGAGAAUUGUAUCAAGUAACUUGGAUUUUAAAUGUUGAUUCAAGGCGUAUGAUUUCAGUGGAUUGUGGAUCUUUUCAAGGUAAGUAUAAGUAGUAAUAACAGUUCAAGGAAAUCAAUUGGCAGACACACUAUGUGUUGAAGUGUGGUUGAGUAAUUCAGCAGGGUUUUUUUUGCUAUGGUAAAACUCCUAAGGAGUGGCCCACUGUGUACCAAACAGGGCCUGGGUCGUGAAGCAGUUUGUGGAAGAGUUUGAAUAAUAUGCCCAUGGACUCUUAACUAACACGCCUCCCGUCUAUAUUUGAAUGCUGUCUCUAGGUAUAAGCCGUGGUUUCGCCUUCGUGGACUUUUAUCACUUGCAAGAUGCUACCCGAUGGAUGGAGACCAAUCAGGUUGCUUCACAAUCGCCAAGUCUAGUUUUAAUCUUGGGGAUCUGAAAAAAAAAAUAACCCAAAGGCAACCAAAGUGAAAUGAAUAAGUAGUGUGGCAAACCUCAUAGAUCUGUAAAAAAAAAAAAAAAAAGAAGAGUUGUAUGUUUAUGUUCCUGAUUUAUUUAACCAAGUAUGUUGUACAAUUAAGAAAAAAGCAUCAAAGCUGCAUAUUGACUGAUAAUGUGAGAUCAUCUCCACAAGAAGUUAGGAUUAAAGAAAGUAGACACAUCUUUACCUUGUUGAUAAAGGCAUUACCUAUGAUAUUCCAGACUUGCAUAUAUGCCCAGACGUUCCCUUUUAGCCCACCCCUCAUUAGAAGUUUGUAUCUUCUUUUUUUGUUUCUUUUUAAUUGUUUGUUUUGUUCAAACAUUCAAAAAUGUGUGUUAGGGUCACACUUGUACACUUUGCUCCAGCUCAGACUGGGCACUCGGGUCCCAAACACCUAAAGAACCCUCCAUACAUCAUGCUCACAUAUACAUCAUGUGCCUGUCUUGUCUUUAACACAAAGGCUAUCUGUUGGGGGUCCCUCUCCCCCCAUCUCUCCCUUCCAACACUGCUUGCUCAAUUGAUGAGAUGAAUGCCCGCCCCGAACAUUUGAGUAAUUUUGGUUGUCCUCUUGCAGAAACGUCUGACCAUCCAAGGCAAAACUGUGGACAUGCACUACAGUCACCCCAGAAACAAGUAUGAAGACUGGCUCUGCAACACUGUAAGUGUAACCAUCUCUCUUGGUCUCUUGCUCCCACAGAACACCUCACACACACAUUCAGGCCUUUAAAUGACAAUGUUGUAGCCCUGUCAGCAUAUAUUAUGGUGCGGUUUAGUUUGAUAAGCGGUAAAGGUUGGGUUGUAUCUCGGGUAAGUAUGGUAUGCUGUACCAAUAUAGAAUGCCUGUUUUCUGAGGCAGCUCUGUUCAGGGGUUAAGUAGGUGUGUAAUAAAAAUGAUGUGAACGGUUACUUGCAGUGUGGCCUGUACAAUUUCCGGAGGAGGCUGAAGUGCUUCAGGUGUGGAGCAGCCAAAGCUGGUAAGUAGUUAAAUCCAACAAGAGGCCACUGAGUGCAGACAUCCGGGCUGCUGGGAUACAACACAAUGUUUUUGUUGUGUUGUUUCACUCUGAUGUAGGAAAAGUGCACAGAUGGGAAACAGAAUGUAUUCGUUACUCACUGCUUGAUGAUACAUAACUGAGGAGAAAACACUACACAUGAUAGAACUCAGGAAAUAGGCUGUGAUCAAAGCUAUCUGAUACUACAAACACAUUUUUGAGUCAGUGCAGUUUACCUUAUUUCCAGUUUCAAGAGGGUUAUGUUAAUGCACCUCUUACUUUUCUGUUAUUCUCUUAACAGAAAGCGAAAACGGCAAUAGCUCCGGAGCUUCUGAAACGCAGCCCACUGCAGAUUUCUACGGCGACAGUAAGACUUUUGUUUCAGUUUCCUAUUAAUGUCAAAAAUAAAACGACUUGUCAAUUACAUGGUCUGAAUAUUUACUUAAUUCUUGUCAUGUGCAGCGAUCAUCCUGAGAAAUAUCGCCCCUCUGACCACCGUGGAAGCCAUCAUGACAGCUCUGGCACCAUACGCUAAUCUAUCAUCCAACAACAUCCGCCUCAUCAAGGACAAGCAGACAGGCCAGAACAGAGGGUUUGCCUUCGUACAGCUCUCCUCUCCUCUGGUAAAGCUUUCUUCAAUAUGUGAAGAUCUGAUCUCAAACACGCUAUCAUCUGCUCUCUUGAUGUCAGUGUCUCACUAAAAACUGAAUUAACUCUGUGUUCAUAGGAAGCCUCCCAGCUGUUAACCAUCUUACAGGGACUGCAGCCGCCCCUUAAACUGGAUGGAAAGACUAUUGGAGUGGAUUAUGCCAAGAGUGCCAGAAAGUGAGUAUGACAGGCAAUAAUAUCCCUUGGACUAGUGGCACUUAAAAUGUGCAUAAAAAGAAGAUAAAACUUUUCAUUUCCAAGUUAAAAUUCUAAACACACUGCUUUUUCUCCUCUUGCCUGUUUUAGGGAUCUCAUUCUCCCUGACGGCAAUCGUGUCAGUGCCUUCUCUGUUGCAAGCACAGCCAUCGCUGCUGCUCAGUGGUCCUCCAGUCAGGUAGGCCUGUUUUCAUACAGUGUACGCUCAUUAAUCUUCUCUCCAGGCUCAUAAUCAUAAUGCUUGAUCUCUUUUUGUUUACAGCCACAGCAGAGCUCAGAGGGGAUGUCAGAGUACAGCUACCUACAAGAAGGUUACACCCCGAUGUCUCAGGUCAGUAGAAGUAAAAAAAAGCUGUGUGAAUAAGCUGAAGAUCUAAGGAUGUGUGGUAUUGUCAUAGAAUACUGUCUUAGUAUUUUGGGGGAUAUUGCCAAUAAAAAUAAUUGAUCAUAUGUGUUAAAAAGGGCUCUUCAAAGGUCUUGUAUAGUAGCACCUAACUCUUGUUAACAGGACAUUAGAAGAUAAUGAUAGUACAACAGCUGCUCAGCUAAAACUGGGUUUUUGGAAUCAGUAAUUUCAGACCAAGCUUUAAUUAAAGGGUCAUUUUACUUUUUGUUUCUGUGACCGAACAAGAAGCUUGAUGUGUAUCUUUCUCUGAGGGAAGCUGUAGUCAGUAACAAUUCUGAGUGCGUGGAUCUUAAUUCAGUCUUAAUUCCCUUUUAGUUCUGCUCAAACUGUUCAAAUUUGGAGAUUCAGACUUUGGAUGGCAAACUCAAAAUAGUUAGUUUCACAUAAUUAAAACAAUUCCAAUAAAAGCACUAUCUCAGACUACAUUUAUCAAAUCAUAUCUCAUCUCUCAGUCCAAAACUUUGCACUGUUGUAACAUCUGGAAGCGGUAAACAUAAACACAUUUCUUUACACAAGAUUUUUUUUUCUGGUAAAUUUUCCUGUAUGAAUUUUUUAGCAGAGAAACUAGACAAAAGGCUGGAGCUUUAUGGUAUCUCAUAGUAAUGUUUUAAAUAUUCAGUCAAUAAUACUGAUCACUUUAACUUAGUUGGAACAAAUCUGACUUACAUUAUGAUGUUUCGUCACAUAAGAUCACGUUCAAAUAACCUGCUUUUAUUCUCUAGGACUAUCAGAAUUACUACCAGCCAGGAGCUGCAGCAGCAAGCACCUCUCAGGGAAAUGGGAUUCUAGGAGGUAGGAUAUGUCUUUUUUUUUUUUUUUUUUUUUUUUUUUAACCUUAAUGGUAUAUUUUAUUUUCUCAUGGAAUGUUAGAAGGAGUAGAGAAGCAAAUAGCAUUACCUCUUGUAUACUGUUUUGCAUUUUCACAACAGAUAAUUACAUUACACACAGAAAAAAGCAUUUUUUUCUAAAUUGAUGCAUUAGUUUUUGUUUGCAAAUUACGGCAGAUAAACCUUAUUUAUUUAUUUUUUACAUGGAACAGAGCAGUCGCUGACUUUCUGUUGUGUAAAAUAAAUUUUGAUUAGACAAAAAUGAUAUUCUGUGGUUAAGUAAAGAAGGGAUUUAUUAAGAAGUUUUCAGUACAACACUGAGCAAAACUGAAGAGCAUGAAUCCUUAUUUUAGAGCAAUAAUAUCAGUUAAAGCGACCAUUUUCUUUUCUAAUUUCAGCUGCUCCGGGUGUGAAGAUCCUCCCCACUGCAGCUGGAGUUGUCAUCUCACAGGGCGCACAAGUCUACCAACCGCAUAUAAUCGUGCAGCCUGCAGUUCAGGUAACACACUAUUUUUUUCCCGUACACUCUCAAUCAUCAGAUAUAUCCUGCGUCAGUCUGUAAAUAACUAUUGAAUCUGAUUGCAGGCUUUGCCACUUGCCCAGCAGUUGGAGGUGAAACCCCACACGGGACAUCUGCCAGGCGUUGAAGCCGUGCCGAUGCCCGUUGCCACUGUAGCUGCUGCCACGGUUACCACUGCUGGUACACCAUCAGCUUCACAACAGACAGCUGACACCGGCGCUGGUAUGAGAACAUUAGAUCCCUUAAAGCCUGUGCUGUUGAAGGGGUUGUGCACAAAGAGGGAAUCCUUGGGGUCACUUUUGAUGUUUAUUUGCUGACAGCGUAUCCUGGAGGAUCUGGUUCAGCCGGGCUCUUGUCAUAACUAAGAUUUUACUUCAUUCAUUAACGGUGUCUGGUUUUAUGUUUGACAGUUGUUCCUGAUACCUCAAGCUAUCAGUAUGAUGAGACCUCUGGCUAUUAUUAUGAUCCUCAGACUGGCCUCUACUACGACCCGAACACUCAUGUAAGUGACCUCUGUGUGUGAGAAUCCAUCAUAGGUUUGAGAGUCAAAGGAGUAAGCGUUGUCCAAGCUAUGUCCCUUACAUGUAUUUUUGUGUGUUUGCAGUAUUACUACAACUCUCAGACACAGCAGUAUCUGUACUGGGACAGCGAGAAGCAGACAUAUGUCCCCGCUCCGACAGACGCAGCAGCUGGACAAGGUGACAACAUGAACAGCAGUGCAGCAGCAAACAGCAAAGAAUCCAAAGAAGGCAAAGAGAAGAAGGAAAAGCCCAAAAGCAAGACCGCUCAGCAGGUGCGCUUUUCUACUAUAUACACAGCAGCAGUUAUGUUUAUUCCAGAUGUAGCCUGCUCUUAAGAAAUGUAAUAAUUCUUUCUCAAAACUGUUCUGUUCUGUAUCUUUCCAGAUUGCUAAAGACAUGGAGCGGUGGGCGAAAACGCUCAACAAGCAGAAGGAGAACUUCAAGAGCAGCUUUCAGCCUAUCAGCCAAGAGGAAAGGAAAGAGGCAGCAGCUGCUGAUGCUGGUUUCAUCCUGUUUGAGAAGAAGGUAAAGAUUGAAUAUUUUACUACAUGCAGUAUGUGCGGUAUGUUUUAACAGCACAGAUGAAUUGAGCGUAUUUAUUUAUUGUAGCAGGCAGGAGGUUUUGAGAGACUCAUGCCUGACAUGCUGAGGGCAUCCGAGGAGGAGCCAACAACCAGCUCAGCCAACUCCUCAAAGGUGAGUGUUUUCUCCUUUCUUCAGACCUUUUCUCUAGUUUGAUAGCGAUAAUUGUCGAAGCCGUUUUAUUUUUUUAGACCAUGUGAUAUGUUCCUGUUUUCUCACCCGCCUUUGUUUAUCCAUGGUGUGGUUAGCCUGGCCUUGUGGCAGCCUACAGUGGAGACAGUGACCCUGAGGAGGGUGGAGCAGAGUCUGAUGGCGGUGAAGGGGGCCAGAACAAGCUGACGGACUGGACCAAGCUGGCCUGCCUGCUGUGUAGAAGACAGUUUCCCAACAAAGAGAGUCUCAUUCGACAUCAGCAACUCUCCGACCUCCACAAGAAGAAUCUGGAGGUUCUGCGCAGAUCUAAAAUGACUGAAGCAGAGCUGGAAGAGUUGGAGAGAAAAGAGACUGAGGUUAGACUCAAAUACAACACACAGAAUCACCUGGCUGCUGGUAGUCAUAUCUUCCACCCUCAUAAUGUCAAAGAUAUAUAUAUAUAUUUUUUCCUUUUCUGUUUCCAGUUGAAAUACAGAGACAGGGCAGCAGAGAGGAGAGAAAAGUAUGGCAUCCCUGAACCUCCUGCUCCCAAAAAGAAGAAAUUCAGCCAACCCACACCAGUCAUGUAAGAUCUUAUUUUAGAUUUAUGAAUAAAAAAACUGUUUCGGAUUCAUUUUUCUUUCAUUUUAGUGUCUAAAUGUGAUGUUAAGGUGUCCACAUUGUCCUUUCUGUGCAGAAACUAUGAACAGCCGACCAAAGACGGCCUGAACAGUGACAAUAUUGGAAACAAAAUGCUGCAGGCCAUGGGAUGGAAGGAGGGGAAAGGUCUUGGGCGUAACCAGCAAGGCAUCACCACACCAAUUGAGGUAUUCACAACAAUGACCUAGUGGUGUAUGCUUAAUUAUCUCAUCAUGUACUGAUGAUUUGGUUUUCUUCCUCAGGCCCAGUUGAGAACAAAAGGAGCUGGACUCGGCACAAAAGGCACCAACUACACCCUCUCUGCCUCAGACACGUACAAAGACGCAGUCCGCAAAGCCAUGUUCGCCCGUUUUACUGAAUUGGAAUGAGUCCUUCUUCACUCUGAAGCUCGAAUAGUCUUUCAGUUUGAGGUGUCUUCUAUAUCUUCAUCAAACAUGACAAGUGAUCAGGCAUGGCUGCAAUAGAAAGGCUAUUCUCGAACAAUUCCUCCUCAUGUGAAACUUAAUUGCCUUUUUUUGCCGCAAUGGUACAACAAGACAAAGUUAAAAAAAAAAAUCUGCAAUGAAGCCAAUUAAAAAAAGUGAAAAAUGUUAUUUAUAAAUUGUAAAUAGGCAUAAGGAAUUUACUUCUUUAUUAAUUUCUUUUUUUGUUAAUACUCUGUCUCAGCAUGUGAAAAAGAUUGUACAGUUUAUACAAAAUGUCCUCUGUUUGUACAGAAAAUAAAUGACAGAAGUGAUAGACGA